AGGUAAGGCGGUUCCGUCAGACAGUCAGCUGGUGAAGAAGAGUAUAGAAGCGUCCUCGUAGCCGGAUCGUUCCACCGUUGAAUCCUUACAGCCAACGCCCAACAAUCCAUCCAAAAUGCGCGAAAUAGUGCAUCUGCAAGCCGGACAAUGCGGAAACCAGAUCGGAGCGAAGUUCUGGGAGGUGAUCAGUGAUGAACAUGGCAUCGACCCAACUGGCACCUACCAUGGAGACAGCGACCUGCAGCUAGACAGGAUCAAUGUAUAUUAUAAUGAAGCCUCCGGUGGGAAAUAUGUCCCUCGUGCCAUUCUGGUGGAUCUGGAGCCAGGCACCAUGGACUCUGUCAGGUCAGGCCCGUUCGGACAGAUCUUCAGGCCAGACAACUUUGUCUUUGGCCAGAGUGGAGCUGGAAACAACUGGGCCAAGGGCCACUACACUGAGGGGGCCGAGCUGGUAGACUCAGUCAUGGAUGUUGUGAGGAAGGAGGCUGAGAGCUGUGACUGCCUGCAGGGCUUCCAGCUCACUCACUCCCUGGGUGGGGGAACGGGCUCUGGCAUGGGCACUCUUCUGAUCAGUAAGAUAAGAGAGGAGUACCCCGACCGCAUCAUGAACACCUUCAGUGUGGUUCCCUCUCCUAAAGUGUCCGACACGGUGGUAGAGCCUUACAACGCCACCCUCUCUGUCCACCAGCUGGUAGAAAACACAGACGAGACCUUCUGUAUCGACAAUGAGGCCCUCUAUGACAUCUGCUUCCGCACGCUCAAACUGACCACGCCCACCUACGGAGACCUCAACCACCUGGUGUCGGCCACCAUGAGCGGGGUCACCACCUGCCUUCGUUUCCCCGGCCAGCUCAACGCCGACCUCCGCAAACUGGCUGUCAACAUGGUGCCCUUCCCCCGUCUGCACUUCUUCAUGCCUGGCUUUGCCCCCCUCACCAGCAGGGGAAGCCAACAGUACCGUGCCCUGUCCGUGCCCGAGCUCACCCAGCAGAUGUUCGACUCCAAGAACAUGAUGGCAGCCUGCGACCCUCGUCACGGGCGGUACCUCACCGUUGCCGCCAUCUUCCGUGGUCGCAUGUCCAUGAAGGAGGUGGACGAGCAGAUGCUCAAUGUCCAGAACAAGAACAGCAGCUACUUCGUUGAAUGGAUCCCAAACAACGUGAAGACAGCAGUCUGCGACAUCCCACCCCGCGGCCUCAAGAUGUCCGCCACCUUCAUCGGCAACAGCACAGCUAUCCAGGAGCUGUUCAAGCGCAUCUCUGAGCAGUUCACCGCCAUGUUUCGCCGUAAGGCCUUCCUCCACUGGUACACCGGAGAGGGUAUGGAUGAGAUGGAGUUCACCGAGGCGGAGAGCAACAUGAACGACCUGGUAUCUGAGUACCAACAAUACCAGGAUGCCACGGCUGAAGAGGGCGAGUUUGAAGAGGAGGGAGAAGAGGAAGCUGCCUAAACCAUCCAGUCACUCCGCUGCCCAACAGUCUUUCACUCCCCGCCGUCCUGUCCCCAAAGCACAACUUGAUGGAUUUGAGUUCAUUUUAAUGAGAAGGAAACUCAGAUCUAGGAAAAUUAUUGUAAUGUGCUCAGCAUCUCUUCAGACGUCCCCUUCAGCCUAAUGAGGAAGUCCAGUGUAUCCUGUAAGGUCUUUAGUGCUGCAUCAAGUUCAUCUUAGAAGUCAGAGGGUAUUCUAACAUGACGUUUCUUAUGAAAACAGCAGUCUGUAACUAUUAGGUAUAAUUAUGUUAAUAAAUUAACAUUAUGUUCCAUGCCAGGUGUGUUGAGUUACUAAAAUAACCCUUUUAAUAACUAAGACAAUGUGAAAUAUUUCAAUACGUUUUUCUCUGUAAAUGCACUUACAUCCAUCAACACUACAUGUACAACCAGUAGUUUAAACACUAGCCCAUUCUAAUGCCUAAAUCACACUACACGGUAUUGUGCAUUUCUCAGCUUUAUUUCUGUGGUGAAAUGGCAGUGAACACUAUAAAAUCAACUUUACCAAGUCAGCGAA